AUGAGCCAAUUAACGACGUCGCACCAGCCAUCAGAGAACGAAGAGACCACCAGUGUCACAGAAAAAAGUGCGAUGUCAAGUCCAGGAACCAGGAGUGCUUCCGCAUCUCAGAAAAUUAAAACCCCGACAUGGCAAUCAGGACGUAGUUCGAUUCACGGAGACUCUGCAAGUAAUACCACGGAAGAUGCUACCACUGGUAAUAAAUCGCAGAGCAAUACAGCUCGACGUACGCCAGGAAAAUUAUUUGGCAGCUCCAUUCCGAACAAGAGGCUCAGCUCUAGCCUGAUGAAACGUUAUAUACAAAUAAAGAAAGAGUUGGCGAACAAACAUGAAACCGCGCAAGAUCUCUACAACGAGAUGUCUCAGAUCCGCGAGAAACUGAUCAACAUGGGUGCGAAGGAUCCUGGCAAACCGGAGACCCUGAAGUUAGACAUUGGUUCACCUAAACAGGUCGCUCCUGCGGAGCCAACGAUCUACGAAUCAGCGAACACGACGAUCGAGAAGCUCCCAAUCGGGAAGGAGCUACUGGGGUGCUUGGAAGAACGACUGCGUGAGAUCCCGAAGAAUUUGAGGAACAUUUGCCAGGAGCUGUUGGACAAGCAGUCGAUCUUCGUCACCUUUGUCACGUCGCAGCUGAUUCAGAGUACCAGGGAGGGAAACGAGGCUGAUCAGACGAAUUCCGAGGUGUCCAUGCAGCUAGAAGUGCAUCAGAAGGACUACGACAAUAUUAGGUCGCGUUUGGACGAAGUGCAAGAGCUGGAAGAGAAGUCUAUAUCAGAGCUAACGAAGAAUGUGCAGAAUUUAAUCGACGAGUACGAGCAUUCCAGGAGUAAGAUAAAGCAGCUAAACGCGGCUGAAGCUCAGAAGGAGCUGCAGAAGCAGUUGGACAGCAAGACAGAGGAGAUGCAGGCAGAGAAGGAGAAGAAUAAUCAGACCAAGGAUCGUCUUCGACAGGCGGAAACGCAGCUGCAGAAGACACGUACCAAGGUGAGAGAGUUGGAGUCGCAUAUUGCCAACGAGGAGAAGACCUCGGCUGAGAAGAUUCAGCAGCUGCAGGCCAGCAUGAAGAAUCUGGACGCUCAAAUGAAGCAGAAGGAUCUGGCCAUAGAGUCUAAGAUGAAAGACAUGCAGAAGGCUAUGAAAAAUAGCGAGGACCUGGUCGCUAAGGUGGAGAAGCAGAGGGACAGCUUUGAAGCUAGGUUGAUGGAGCUGAGGGAAAAGAUGAGCAGCAAGGAGAAUGAGGCGAUGGCCACGAUCAAGGAGCUGUCUGAAAGGCUGAACGCGGUCACUGCUGAUCUUGGAGUUGAAAAGGAGAAGAGGCAACAAGUAGAGGAUGCAUUCGUGGAAUUAGAAGAGCGAUACAAGAUUGUGGAAGAAAAGAGCAAAGAAUUAUGCGAGCUUGCUGAGAAGAAUAAGAAUUUCAUUAUCACAGAGGGUAGUCAUACAGAGAACGAAGUACGUCUGUUCAACGAGUUGCAGGCGACCAGAGACGAACUGGCAGUGCAGAAGCAGUUGAAUCUGCAGCUACAACAAGAGAAAGAGGAGAUCAUUGCAGUGAUGCAUCAAGCGGCCAGUCGGGAGGAAGACGAAGACUCCAGGGAGAAGCUGGCUGCGGAACUAGUCUUCAAGUCCAACGAACUCCAGAAGCUGAUGAUGCAGUACUCAGAACUGAGAAAGGUAGCAAAAAACGCCCAAGAAAAAAAUGGGAUCUUAGAAACGCAGUUGAAAGAAAUCCAGACGAGACUUCACUCUCAGUCCAUGGAGCAUGGCAAAGCUGGACUAAACGCACAUGCGAUUGAACUUCAACAACAGGUGUCCGAUCUAAGUAACAAUUUAGCAGAGGUAACGCAGCAGAAAGACGAGCUAGAAAGUGUAUUGUCACAGAAGCAAUUGGAACUAGAACAACGUGACUAUGUGAUGCGCGAGCAGAGCAAGUACCUUAAACUUAGAGACGAGUUGCUUAAUAUUUUAAAAGGAAAAGUGCAACAAACGAAUGGAGAAUUAUCAAAUAGCGACGAGAACAAUGAGUACCUUGAGCAGAUUUACGAACAGAUAAACGCCAAAACGAAAGCAAUCCAGGAACUGCACACGACACUAGAAAAUAAGCAACUGCAGAUCAUGCGACUGGAGAAGAUGGUGAAGCUAAUGGAGGACCACCAAGAUCGGGCUCAAGCACAACGCACCCGUUUAGAGAAUCGCAUCGCUCAGUUAGAGUUGGCCUACCAAAAGAGUAAGGAACAGCGGUACGUUCCGGAAAACUCUUCGUUUUGUAUGAAGUAUCACGUGGACAGUGAACGAGAUAAAUUAUCGCAGGAUUACCAUUCCAAUACUGAUCAAAUGUUUUCACAAGAUUCACUUCAUUCGCAGUCUUCUUCACAUUCUAAUCAUACCGAUUCAGUUGUUAUGAGGUCAGAGUUCUUAUCUGGUAUUGGUCCUUCACAAAAUGACUACCGACGAAUACAGGAUUACGGAGAUAAUGACUAUAUCCAGAGACAGACAUCCUCCGACGAAGACCAACCUUAUAUCUGUGAGCGUUGUCGCCAAGAAACGUCCGUGGGGGAAAAUAAAGAUCCGUGGUUGAAUAAAAACGAUUCCAUUGACAAUACUAAUGAACCUUUCCGUAAUUGGUUGACAAACGCGUCCAGCCUGGAAAUAACUGAAACUUCAAUGAAUAAUCGCAACCUACAGAACGACGAUUAUGUUUAUGACUUACCUCGGACAGAUAGAAACAGAAAGCACCUUUCCGUAAUGUACAAGCUGCAUGGAGGAUAUGAUAACGUGGACGAUAGUAGCAGGGAGUCGCAAAAUCAUUAUCAGAGAGAACGCUUCCAAUAUCGCCAUCAGCAUCGUGUUCGGUCACCGUUGGCAAAUAGGACCGUGCCUCAUAGUUUUAUCUUGUAAACGCUGUAUAUAGUUUCUCCUAUUAGGGCACUGUUCAUAUUCAACAGACACAAUAUCUCGUUGCAAUUUUGAAG